AUGGAAUACGUCAGACUCGGCAAAUCCGGCCUCAAGGUUUCCAAAAUCGUCCUUGGGUGCAUGAGCUACGGCGACCCCAACUGGCAACCCUGGAUCCUGCCCGAAGAAGCGGCCCUCCCCAUCAUCAAGCACGCCUACGACCGUGGCAUCAACACCUGGGACGUUGCCGACACCUACUCCAACGGCAAGUCCGAGGAGAUUCUCGGCAAGGCCCUAAAGGAGUACAGCAUUCCACGCUCCCGGGUCGUCAUCAUGACCAAGUGCUUCCACUUUGUCGAUGAGACGCGAGGGCCGCUCGAUGCUGUCGCUAUGGGGAGUAAUGCGGGGGAGAGAGUGAACUGUGUUGGACUGUCGCGGAAGCAUGUUUUCGACGCCGUAGAGAGGAGUGUCCAGAGACUGGGCACGUAUAUCGAUGUGCUGCAGAUCCAUCGGCUGGAUCGCGAGACGCCGAUGGAGGAGAUCAUGAAGGCGCUGAAUGAUGUUGUUGAGAGUGGGAGGGUGAGGUACAUCGGGGCGAGUUCGAUGGCGGCCUGGGAAUUCCAAAUGCUGCAGAACAUCGCGGAAAAGCAUGGCUGGCACAAGUUCAUCUCCAUGCAGGGUUUCUACAACCUCCUCUACCGCGAAGAAGAGCGCGAGAUGAUCCCCUACUGCCGCGCCACCGGUGUCGGUCUGCUGCCUUGGUCUCCCCUGGGCGCCGGUGUGCUGACCCAUCCCUGGGCGGAUCGCACCGACAAGCGGGAGGAGUCGGAUGUGUUCUUAAAGGCGCUGUUCCGCGGUCGCGAAGAUGAGGUGGAUAAGGCCAUCGUCCAGCGCGUCGAAGAGGUCGCCAAGAAGAGGGAGGUUGGGAUGGCGCAGGUCGCGAUGGCGUGGGUGCUGCAGAAGGGCGGGAUGGCACCGAUUUGUGGGUUAGACAGCACCGAAAGAAUCGAUCAGGCCGUUGAGGCGACGAAGCUGAGUUUGACUGAGGAGGAGGUCAAGUACCUGGAGGAGCCGUACUUGUCAAAGCAGGUCUCUGGGUACUAG